AUGGCAGAAUUAGCAGGCUAUAAUGACACCGACGGCAUUCUCUUCUCAACUUCCCUUCCCUUCAAUUCCACUGCUGAUUAUGAGGCUUUCCAGCCAGAGUCUGAUGCGAGCAAGAUCAUCCUCCCUUCCAUUUAUGCACUGGUAUGCUGUGUAGGCAUUGUAGGCAAUGCCAUGGUCAUCUACGUCAUCCUCAAGUAUGCCAAAAUGAAAACAGCCACCAACAUUUACAUUCUGAACCUGGCUAUUGCUGACGAGCUCUUCAUGUUGAGCGUGCCGUUCCUGGCCACGUCGGCGGCCGUGCGCCACUGGCCGUUCGGCUCGCUGAUGUGUCGCCUGGUCCUCAGCGUGGAUGGCAUCAACAUGUUCACCAGCAUCUUCUGCCUGACCGUGCUGAGCGUGGACCGCUACAUCGCCGUGGUCCAUCCCAUCAAGGCGGCACGUUACCGCCGCCCCACCGUCGCAAAGGUGAUCAACGUGUGUGUGUGGGGACUCUCGCUCCUCGUCAUCUUGCCGAUCAUCAUAUUUGCAGAUACGGUGCCGGCGCAGGAUGGGGCGGUGGACUGCAACUUCAGGUGGCCGGAGGCCUCGUGGUCCGAGGCUUUUGUGGUCUACACUUUCCUGCUUGGCUUCAUGUUGCCCGUGGCGGCCAUCUGCUUGUGUUACUGCCUGAUCGUGGUGCGCAUGCGAGCAGUGGGGCUCAAGGCAGGGUGGAUACAGCGCCGGCGCUCGGAGAAGAAGAUCACACGCAUGGUGCUCCUGGUGGUGGCCGUCUUUGUGCUCUGCUGGAUGCCCUUCUACAUCGUGCAGCUGAUUAGCGUCUUUUGCCAGCCACCAGACCCAUUGGUCACUCAGCUCUUUGUCAUUCUCAGCUACGCUAACAGUGGAGCGAAUCCCAUCCUUUACGGAUUUGUGUCUGACAACUUCCGGCGCUCCUUCCAGCGCAUUGUCUGUUUCCGCUGGCUGGAGAAUGGGCUAGACACAGAGCAGGUGGAUUACUAUGCUGUGGCGCUGCGGCGGCAGACAACCUGCAGGCCGCAGAACUUCCCCAAGGAGUGCUUAGCCUCCGACACUUUGUUCCGCAAUGGAACCUGUACAUCCCGUACCACCACCUUGUGAAAGCACUACACAUUUUAUACUUGACUGAAAUCAAACAUUUUUUUAGGUGUUAAGGGGAACAAUGGAGGUGCUGGCCAAUAGACACUAUUUUGAAGUCAGAAUUAAUAAGAGGUAAGAUGCACAUAAUUAAUAAUGAUAAGAUACUUAUUGAUGCCCAUCUGUCUAGAUCUACAAUAUAUUCAUGUUUUUUGCUUGCUUGUUUUAUUUUGUACAGAUAUCCUGGCUAAGGUGAAUUAAGCAAAUAUAUUUCCAGUUGUAGUUGUAGGUGUUAAAUUCCUAAAAUUGACCACACCAUCAUUCUUGCAUGAUUUAAUUUACCAUGGUCAUGUUUGUUCAACUUUGAGCUUGUGAAAAAUGUGUUGUGGGUCUACAAUGUUCAGUAAAAUAUGUGCAACCUUUGAGAUUGUAGUGUAACAAAACCUCGGAUAUUAUAAAUUAUUGGAAUUAUAAAUCCCACAGACACUAUGCCAUAUGAUAUUUUACUAUAUGACAAAUAUUUGUUUGUGUGUGUGUAACUGAAACAAUGUAACCUACAUUAUGAAACAUAAUAUAACAGUGUGAAAUAUGUAACCUACAUAUGUUUGUCAUUUUAUUAGAAACCUAUAUUAAUUAGAAAUUACUUUGGUUAUGGUGAUAAUCCCAUAUAAAUGGUUAUAGUUAGCCUGUCUGUUGCCAUGCACAAUAUGUGUUAGCCAUCUUUUAAGUCUUCACAAAUGGUCAAUUUCUGCAUUAGCAUUCAUGAGGACAACUGCUGACUGGAUAUUUUGGGGUGGCAGACAAUUCGUAACUCAGUGAUACAUAUUCAAAUCACCAUGUAAGUGUCAUGUCGGUGUUGCUGCUGAAUUGAAGAUGGUCUACCAUCCAAAUAAGGUUUGUUGAGCAACAGUUCUCUGGACAGUAAAUGAUGAAUCGGUAGAAGGUGGCU